UUUUUUUUUUCUUUUUUCUUUUUUUUUACUCGAGAAAAAAAUUUAAUUCUUUUUAAGAUUGUGAGAUGAGAAUCAGACUAUUGCCCAUUUCAGUUAUUACAUCUCUUCUAUUAGUAUCACAGCCUCAGUUAGUUAGUUCACAAUCACCUUUUUAUUAUCAAGAAGAGGAAAAUUAUCAAUCAAAAUAUGCAAAUACAGGCAAAAUAAAUCAAAUCGGUAGGACGGGAGUAGCAGCGAUGCAUGCUGUAUUAUUAAAUGAAAAGACUGUAUUAAUUAUAGAUAAAGCUGAGGAAAACGAAGCAAAAUUAGAUUCUGGUGUGAGUGCAUUUUCGUCGCUUUAUGAUAUAGAGACAAAUACAUAUAGACCACUUUUGUUAGAAACAAAUACAUUUUGCUCAGCUGGUGGGUUCUUGAUGAAUGGUACAUUUAUUAGUACAGGGGGAGCAGAGAGUAGAGGAAGAUGGAAUGCAGCAAAGGGACAUCAGUCUAUUCGACAUUUUAAACCUUGUACUAUUACAGAUAAUGAUUGUUCUUGGACUGAAUAUUCGACCGGAAAAAUGUAUGGUAAUCGUUGGUAUCCUACAGUAGAGCAAUUACCAGAGGGAGAUAUUAUUAUUAUAGGUGGUUCAAAUGCAGGAACAAAAUAUAAUACAAAAGAGAAAAAUACACCUUCAUAUGAAUUCUGGCCACCUAGAACUGAUGAACCUAUUCAACUUGACUUAUUAUUACAUACUUUACCUUAUAAUUUAUAUCCAUUUGUAUUUUUAUUACCUGAUGGAAACUUAUUUAUAUUUGCAUCCACUAAAUCUAUCAUUUAUGAUUAUCAACACCAAAAAGUAGUUAAAGAAUUACCCCGUAUGCCCGGUGUGCCCAGAUCCUAUCCAUUAACUGGAGGAGCAGUCAUGCUACCAUUAGAUCCUGAAAAGAAUUAUAAUGUUGAAAUCUUAAUUUGUGGUGGUUCUGAACGCCCUAAACCAGAUAGUCCUGCAGAUGAUACAUGUGGUCGUAUCAAUUUGAGUGCUAAAGAUCCAAAAUGGGAAAUGGAAACCUUUAUUCAUAAACGAGUCAUGCCAGAUGGAGUCAUAUUGGCAGAUGGUACAGUUGCCUGGGUCAAUGGAUGUCAGCGUGGUUAUGCAGGUUAUAAUAAUGCAAACUUUGAUCCUACCUUUGAACCUUUAAUUUAUAAUCCGUUCGAAAAAGAAAAGGAAAAGAGAUGGAUCCAAGGUUUAGCUAAAACAGAUAUUGCACGAAUGUAUCAUUCAGUUGCUUUAACUUUACCUGAUGGACGAGUAUGGAUUGCAGGCUCUAAUAGUGUAGACCCUCCUGAUACAUCAGAUGCAGUCUUAUACCCCACUGAGUAUAGAGUUGAAUAUUUUUCUCCUCCUUAUUUAUUCAAGACACAGACAAGACCAAAGAUAUCCCAUGUACCUCAUGUCGUUGUAUAUAAUCAAGAAUUUGAUAUUUUAUUUCAUUUGGAAAAAGAUCAAAGCUAUAGAGAACCAUCUAAGGUUAAAGUGGCUAUCAUGAGACCAGGAUUUAGCACUCAUUCAAUGCAUAUGUCUCAACGUUACGUCUAUCUACGCCAUAAAGUCAGUGAAGAUUUCGAAUUUAUAAAAGUCAUAGCACCGCCAAAUGCAACCAUCUUUCCUCCUGGUUCUGGUUAUUUAAUUGUUCUUUAUGAUGGUGUACCUUGUAAAGGAGUAGAAUUAUUUGUAGAAAAGAAUAUAGAAGACUUGAAGAUAUAAUAAAAUUUAAUUUCACGUGAAUGCAAUUAAUAAAUUAGCCUUGUAUACCAUUUGAGGAAGAAUUGUAGAUAAUAAUAAUAGUAACAAUUAUAAUAAUAAUAAAAAAAAA